UAGCGAGUGGGAGCAGCUGAUCACCAGAGGUUAGAUAAUAGAUUUCUGCUUCCUCCCUUAGAACAACGUCAACAUGGCUCUGCGAUUUGUGGCCAAGUCAUGCCGAUCCCUCCUGCAGAACGGCAAUCGUCCUUCGUCCUGGACCCGAACCCUAGCCCACUAUCCCGUCAACGAUGCCAUGUUCGGGCUGGACGAGGAUCGCCAGAAAUUGAGGGAAGUCGCCUUUAAUUUCUUCCAGAAGGAACUGGCUCCACUGGCCAAGGAGAUCGACAAACUGGAUAACUUCAAGGACAUGCGUCCUUUCUGGAAGAAACUGGGCGAUCUUGGCUUCCUGGGCAUCACAGCGGAGCCAGACUUUGGUGGCACUGGGGGCAGCUAUCUCGAUCACUGCAUCAUCAUGGAGGAAUUCUCGCGAGCUGCUGGUGGCGUGGCUCUGUCUUAUGGAGCGCACUCCAACCUGUGCAUCAAUCAGCUGACCAAGAACGGCACUCCCGAGCAGAAGGAGAAGUACCUGCCAAAGCUGUGCAGCGGUGAGCACGUCGGAGGACUGGCCAUGUCCGAACCCGGAGCUGGAUCCGAUGUGGUGUCCAUGAAGCUGCGAGCCGAGCGCAAGGGCGACUACUAUGUGCUGAAUGGAUCGAAAUUCUGGAUUACGAACGGAUCCGAUGCCGACACUUUAAUUGUCUAUGCCAAGACCGGUGGUCCUGGAGUGCCGGACAGGCACGGUAUCACAGCUUUUAUAGUGGAGACCGCCUGGGAGGGCUUCAGUGUGGCCCAGAAGCUGGACAAGCUGGGCAUGCGUGGCAGCAGCACCUGUGAACUGGUCUUCCAGGAUCUGAAGGUGCCCGCCAAGAAUGUGCUGGGCCAGGAGAACAAGGGCGUCUAUGUACUAAUGUCUGGAUUGGACUUUGAGCGCUUGGUGCUCGCAGCCGGACCCGUUGGUCUGAUGCAAGCGGCCUGCGACGUGGCCUUUGACUAUGCCCACCAGCGGAAGCAGAUGAACCAGCUUAUCGGCGAGUUCCAGCUGCUGCAGGGCAAGAUGGCCGACAUGUACACCACGCUGAGUGCCUGCCGCAGCUACCUCUACACGGUGGCCAGAUCCUGUGACUCUGGCUCACGCAGCUCCAAGGAUUGCGCUGGAGUCAUUCUCUACACCGCCGAGAAGGCCACUAAGGUGGCGUUGGAUGCCAUUCAGAUUCUCGGUGGCAACGGCUACAUUAAUGAGAACCCAACGGGUCGCAUCCUGCGGGACGCCAAGCUGUACGAGAUCGGAGCAGGCACCUCGGAGAUCAGGCGCUGGCUCAUCGGUCGCAAGUUGAACCAGGAGUACAAGUAGGAGCAAGGAGCCCAGCUCUAAUCCAGAACCAGAAACGCAUUUAUAGAAUGACAACUGUGGCAAUUUUGUGAAAAAACUCUACGACCUGACAGACUAAAUGUUGCAUUUAUUUUCUUAAUUAUAAAUAAGAUUUAUAAAAUCCUUUUAUGUUGUGUGUGCCUUAAUAAAAACUACGAUGUAUAUA